GGCUGAUCUCGAACUCCUGACGUCAGGUGGUCCGCCCACUUCGGCCUCCCAAAGUGCUGGGAUCACAGGCAUGAAUUACUGCUCCCAGCCCUAGUUCUUCCUUUAAAGUCAUGAAAAUCUCUGCUUCCAGAUCAUGAAAAAGUCACAAGGAUGCCAUUAAAAACAUGGCUUUCAAUUUCCUUUGUCCCCUGUUGAACUCAGUACUUAUUUGAAAUGAACAUAACAUACUACAUAUACAUCAGAACACAGUGUGGCUCAGCCUUUAUAUUUUGUUCUUUUUUUGUGUGGAAGGUUGUACAUUGUAGUCACUUUCAGUCAGGUUAAUAGGGAACAAACAGGCCUUGAACUUUAUUCCUUUGACAGGAGGGAUCCAUGUAUUCCGCAGUUAUGUACUGAGAGUUUACAACGUGUCCCUCUCUAAAGAGGGGUGAACUCAGUGGUGAAGAAGACAAAAUCAUCCUUCUCUCAUAGAACUAAGGAAAACCACCCUAAUUGUUUAUUGCUUCCUCAACCCCAGAGGCAGGGCCUAGGGUGUGUGUCCAGAGAUUAAGUAGUCGGGGUAAAAAGUGUCUGUGUUGUAAAAUGAGAACAAAAUGACUUCUUUCAUUCAUCUCCCCGAAGUGGUUUGCAAACUUGCUAGUUGUAUAUAAUGUUAAUCUCUAAAUAUCCGAGUCUAAUUAUUCACAUAGAUAAUUGUGCAUGUAAUAAAAUGCAAAUUCUGGAAUUUCUUUUAUUUCUACUUUCCUAGGAUGAAUCUACAUUACUCUUGUGGCUGACCACACUGCCUGGAAUAGUUACAUUCCAUUUACAUUUUUAACACUUCUGCUGUGGUAGAAUUGUGCUUUAAAAUGUUUGUAAGGAUUUUUAAAGCAAAAAGUCAAAGUUAAGCUGGGUGCUUAAUAUGAAGCUUAGUUUGUAUAAAAGCACUUCCAUUUGAUAAAAGUGCAUCUUAGUUGGACAGGAAGUAGAGAAAAUUACUGCCUAUGCUGGACUCAAGCAUGCAAUCCACUCUACUCAGAAGCUAAUUUGCAUUGCUGGCAUUUUCAAUAGAGAUGGAUUAUUCCAUCUCUCACUAUCUGGGGCAGCAAGCACUAUUAGGAUCAGGAAAAUGAGCCGGGGAUCUGACAACAGACUGACUCACCGGCGGCAGACAGUUCUCCGUGAGAAAGGGAGAAGGUUAGCGAAUCGAGGACCAGCAUACAUGUUUAGUGAUCGCUCAACAAGCCUAUCUAUAGAGGAGGAACGCUUUUUAGAUGCAGCUGAAUAUGGUAACAUCCCAGUGGUGCGGAAGAUGUUAGAAGAAUGCCUCUCGCUCAAUGUUAACUGUGUGGAUUACAUGGGCCAAAAUGCCCUGCAAUUGGCAGUGGCCAACGAGCAUCUGGAAAUUACAGAACUACUUCUCAAGAAAGAAAACCUCUCUCGGGUUGGGGAUGCUUUGCUGCUAGCCAUUAGUAAAGGUUAUGUUCGAAUUGUGGAAGCGAUUCUCAGUCAUCCAGCUUUUGCUGAAGGCAAGAGGUUAGCAACCAGUCCUAGCCAAUCGGAACUCCAGCAAGAUGACUUUUAUGCCUAUGAUGAAGAUGGGACCCGGUUCUCCCAUGAUGUGACUCCAAUCAUUCUGGCCGCCCACUGCCAGGAAUAUGAAAUCGUGCAUACCCUCCUGAGGAAGGGUGCUAGGAUUGAACGGCCUCAUGAUUAUUUCUGCAAGUGCAAUGACUGCAACCAGAAACAGAAGCAUGACUCAUUUAGCCACUCCAGAUCUAGGAUUAAUGCCUAUAAAGGCCUGGCAAGUCCAGCUUACCUGUCAUUGUCUAGUGAAGAUCCAGUCAUGACGGCUUUAGAACUUAGCAAUGAACUGGCAGUGCUGGCCAAUAUUGAGAAAGAGUUCAAGAAUGACUACAAAAAACUGUCAGUGCAGUGCAAAGACUUUGUUGUUGGACUCCUUGAUCUGUGCAGAAACACAGAAGAAGUCGAGGCCAUUCUGAAUGGGGAUGUUGAAACGCUCCAGAGUGGUGAUCAUGGUCGCCCAAAUCUCAGCCGUUUAAAACUUGCCAUUAAAUAUGAAGUGAAAAAAUUUGUAGCUCAUCCAAACUGCCAACAGCAACUUCUCUCCAUCUGGUAUGAGAAUCUUUCUGGUUUACGACAGCAGACAAUGGUGGUCAAGUUCCUUGUGGUCCUUGCUGUUGCCAUUGGACUGCCCUUCCUGGCUCUGAUUUACUGGUUUGCUCCAUGCAGCAAGAUGGGGAAGAUAAUGCGUGGACCAUUCAUGAAGUUUGUAGCACACGCAGCCUCCUUCACCAUUUUUCUGGGACUGCUAGUCAUGAAUGCAGCUGACAGAUUUGAAGGCACAAAACUCCUUCCUAAUGAAACCAGCACAGAUAAUGCAAAACAGCUGUUCAGGAUGAAAACAUCCUGCUUCUCAUGGAUGGAGAUGCUCAUUAUAUCAUGGGUAAUAGGCAUGAUAUGGGCUGAAUGUAAAGAAAUUUGGACUCAAGGCCCCAAGGAAUAUUUGUUCGAGUUGUGGAAUAUGCUUGACUUUGGUAUGUUAGCGAUUUUUGCAGCAUCAUUCAUUGCAAGAUUCAUGGCAUUCUGGCAUGCUUCCAAAGCCCAGAGCAUCGUCGAUGCAAAUGAUACCUUGAAGGACUUGACAAAAGUAACACUGGGAGACAAUGUGAAAUACUACAAUUUGGCCAGGAUAAAGUGGGACCCCUCUGAUCCUCAAAUAAUAUCUGAAGGUCUUUACGCAAUUGCUGUAGUUUUAAGUUUCUCUAGGAUAGCUUAUAUUUUACCAGCAAAUGAAAGCUUUGGACCUCUGCAGAUCUCACUUGGAAGAACAGUCAAAGACAUCUUCAAGUUCAUGGUCAUAUUCAUUAUGGUGUUUGUGGCCUUUAUGAUUGGAAUGUUCAACCUCUACUCCUACUACAUUGGUGCAAAACAAAAUGAAGCCUUCACAACAGUUGAAGAGAGUUUUAAGACACUGUUCUGGGCUAUAUUUGGACUUUCCGAAGUGAAAUCAGUGGUCAUCAACUAUAACCACAAAUUCAUUGAAAACAUUGGUUAUGUUCUUUACGGAGUUUAUAAUGUUACAAUGGUCAUUGUUUUGCUAAAUAUGUUAAUUGCCAUGAUCAACAGUUCAUUCCAGGAAAUUGAGGAUGACGCUGAUGUGGAGUGGAAAUUUGCAAGGGCCAAACUCUGGUUUUCCUACUUUGAGGAGGGGAGAACACUUCCUGUUCCCUUCAAUCUGGUGCCAAGUCCAAAGUCCCUGUUCUAUCUCUUACUGAAGCUUAAAAAGUGGAUUUCCGAGCUGUUCCAGAGUCAGAAAAAAGAUUUCCAGGAAGAUGCAGAGAUGAACAAGAUAAAUGAAGAAAAGAAACUUGGAGUUUUAGGAAGUCGUGAAGACCUUUCAAAAUUAUCGCUUGACAAAAAACAGGUUGGGCAUAAUAAACAACCAAGUGUAAGGAACUCAGAAGAUUUCCAUUUAAAUAGUUUCAAUAAUCCGCCAAGACAGUAUCAGAAAAUAAUGAAGAGGCUCAUUAAAAGAUAUGUACUGCAGGCCCAGGUAGAUAAGGAGAGUGACGAAGUGAACGAAGGGGAACUGAAGGAAAUUAAGCAGGAUAUCUCAAGUCUCCGCUAUGAACUCCUUGAAGAAAAAUCUCAGAAUACACAAGACCUAGCAGAACUUAUUAGAGAACUUGGAGAGAAAUUAUCCAUGGAACCAAAUCAAGAGAAAACCAAUAGAUAAUGCGAAGACUUCCUUAGAAAUUUAUAUUUAUUUGUCCACUUGAAGCCAUGUUAUUUUCUGAUUUUUUUUUAAGUGCCAAUGUGCCCACCUUUUUUUUUUUUUUAGACAGAGUCUUGCUCUGUUGCCCAGGCUGAAGUACAGUGGUGCAAAGCUAAAUAACUUGGGUGAUCCUAUCAUCUGGAACCCUAGUAUGUAAUUUUUUUGGUGAUUAAACUCCAUCGUUCAGGGUAAAAGUUGUAGAUUAUGAUGAAAAUUAUGCCCAGUGGUUUGGUGCUUGUUUUAUAAACUGCUUUCUUAGAUGUAACUGUAGUGAUGAUGUCAUUGCUAUGUAGUGUCUGCCGGGAAAUGAGUUCCAGUGGGCAGAGGCUGACCCAUGUUAUUGCCCAUGUGAUUUUUUCCUCUGAAGGUUAUUUCAGGUUCUUUCUUGCCUGCUCCGUGGAUCCCCUGCUGGGGACUCCUGGCUCUGAAAUUUGGGGAAAAGUAGUCCAUGGCCCGCCCUUUAAAGAAUGCUGUUUAACCAUCAUUUACCCUAUUUAUCCCUCAAAGCACAUGAUGGACACUGUUCAUACAAAAUGGACUUUUAUCUAUGUAAAAUUUUCUGAUUCAUCUAUUUGAAAAUGUUAUACUUAAUAAUGAAAAAGAAUUUUUCCUCCACUGAACCCUGGAAACGUGGUCCAGUUUGUGCGUGUGUAAAUGUGUACACACAUACAUAAAAUACAUAAAAUGAUCUAUUUCUUUUGUGACUAAUGUGGAAACAAAAGCUCUUUAUGUUAUAAAUUUUUACUGUGACUAAAAAAUUACUGUGUAAAUAACUACCUUUUAUUGGAGAAAAAAAUCAAAACUGCAAACAAUGUGGUUAUUUGGUUCUAUUUUAGCACAAUUUUGUGCCAUUUCUGGGAGCAAUGUAUGAAUCCCCACACUUAGCCACUGAAUGUAAAGGAGAAAAAUAACAUGGGAAUUUUAAAAUACUUAUCUGUUAUUCUUACUAUGUUCUAUCCUCUAUUCAAAUAUAUAAAACAGGAAUUGGCAUUCAUGUGCAUUACCAAGAGGUUUUUGUUAUUACUUACUGAUGAUGUGAACUGGUGUCUUAAACAACUAAAAGAGAGACAUGAAGGUUCAUCUGUUUACUCAAAGACCAUUGGCAUUCAGAGGAUGCUGGACAUUAACUGGAAAUGCUACUUUCAAUUCAAUAAAGGGAUAUUUCAAAUGCAAACCCUUUUAACUUCAUCUUAAAGAUGAAAUGGUCACAGAAAAGCUGUUUAGCUCCAACUUUGGCUUAAUUUAAAUUAAAUAACAUUUAUGUAAUCAGAUCAGAAAAUACAGCUGAAAAUUUAUAUUCAGUGAUUUUGUAUUUGUGGGUACUACUAAUGGAAAAGUAAUUUAGUGAUAUAUAAAGAUCGAUUUUCAAGUAUUUUGUGACAAUAUUUGAAUCAGCAGUUGUAAAAAAUCAACCUCAUGCCAAAUGCACUAUCAGAAAAUUAAAAUAAUCUAACAU